GCCGCGGACUGUCACUCGGCGAUGAGGAUGUGCGUAGCUCUGGUUUCUGCUUUCCUGGGCUGCUCGCUAGCGACCCUCCUCCUGCUGAAAUGGCGGAAGAGGAGGCAGGUCCAAGGCAAGAUAGCCAAGGCGAGGAGCCGGCGGCAGCGCGUGUUCGAGCAAAUGGGGAGAGCCGCUCAGCGCUUCCAAGAGCAGAAUCCAAAUCACCAACCAGAACCUAUUUUAUCACUGAGUUUGCCUGAACUCUGUCAGAAACUUGAAGAUGGUUCACUUACACCUGAGAGUGUUGUCUACACCUAUGUGGACAAGGCCUUGAGGGUGACUGCAGAUGUCAACUGCAUAACCGAUUACAUAGCAGAGGAAUCCCAGCUUCUGCGUAUGAACAGCGAAGGGGAAAAGGGCUUGCUCUAUGGAGUUCCCGUCAGCAUAAAGGAUUCCAUUAACUGCAAGGGCUCUGACACUACUUUGGGCUUUGUAAAACGUCUCUUCCAGCCGGCAGCAGAAGACGCUGUUAUAGUGCAGGUGUUGAAACAUCAAGGAGCAAUUCCAUUUGUAAAAACAAAUGUUCCCCAAUCUCUGUUGAGUUAUGAUUGCAGUAAUCCGAUCUUUGGACCAACAGUGCAUCCUUUGGAUCACACUAAAAGCCCUGGUGGAUCGUCAGGAGGGGAAGGAUCUCUUAUUAAAAGUGGAGGAUCCAUUCUGGGCAUUGGCACAGAUAUAGGAGGCAGCAUUCGUAUCCCAAGUGGCUUUUGUGGAAUUUGUGGUUUAAAAACCACUAGCAACAGAAUUAGCAAAAAAGGAAUUACUCCGUGUAUCCCUGGUCAGAGAACAGUUUCUGUGGGCGUGGGACCAAUGGCGCGGGAUGUUGACAGCCUUGCCCUUUGCCUGAAAGCUCUCCUGUGCAAGAAAAUGUUCCAUCUGGAUCCCACAGUGCCACCUCUUCCUUUCAAUGACCAAGUUUAUACCAGCUCACGUCCCCUCAGAAUAGGGUAUCAUGAGACUAAUUCCUAUAGUAUGCCAAGCCCUUCCGUGAGACGGGCUGUGCUGGAAACCAAGGAGCUUCUGGAAAGAAAUGGCCAUGUGUUGGUCCCCUUUGAGCCACAUCACAUGGCCCAUUUUAUAAGCAACUUCAAUGGUGCGUCAUUCUUUAGGGAUGGUGGUGCCACUUUCCUACAGUCUUUUGAAGGUGAACCCGUAGAUCCAAAUCUAAAGUGUACCGUGCUGCUGCUAAAAUUACCUUAUUGGAUACGAAGAUUCCUAGCCUGGAUUAUCAGCCCAAUAGCUAUUCGUCAGUCAAUAACAUUGAGCAACGUGCAUGAAAGGUCUGUAAAAGAACUCUGGAAAGACCACCUGGAAAUUGAGAAAUACUGCAGAGAAUUCACUGAAGAAUGGAAACGACUGGAACUGGAUGUACUGCUUUGUCCUACUAUGGGUCCUGCUUUUAAGAGUGGGUCUUCUGGAAGAGUAUCAGAGGUCAUUAGUAAUUACAUAUUAUAUAACUUGUUGGACUUCCCUGCUGGGGUGGUACCAGUUACAACAGUGACGAAGGAAGACGAAGAGGAGCUAAAGAAUUUCAAAGGACACUACAAUGAUUUGGGGGACAAACUCUUUGCAAAGGCAGUGAAAGAAUCUGUGGGGCUCCCUGUGGCUGUCCAGUGUGUGGCUUUGCCCUGGCAAGAAGAGCUCUGUCUCCGGCUCAUGAAAGAAGUGGAGAAUCUAACCAGGGAAAAAUCAAGGAACCAAUGAUAUGAUACCACAGGAAGCAGAAUGGAACUCUUCCAUAAUAGCCAUGGACUCUGGGGACUGAUUUAGUUCAUACAACUAAAGGAGGUCACUAUGAAUGAAUGUGUUGAGAAAAUGUAGGGGAAUAAUAAUUAUAGGAUUAAGCUUCACACACUUUUCAUUAAAAUGUUCAGUGCAAUUCUAACACAAUAGAUAUAAAAAUGUACCAGGUCUGAAAUAAUGAAGUUGAAGUUUUUGAUGUGCUUUUGGAAUCGGAGUGUCUGUGGAUGGAGCAGAUAGGAAACAUUUGAGGAAUUGAUUUUCCCUGGCAAUUAUGUACAUGGAUGAACAGAAAAAUCGGACAUCUGAUUGUAUACUUGGGCAUGAUAUUAUUCUAAUCCAAAUGUAUUAAUAAAAAUAAAGUUUCCCUAAUCUUCCCUGA